AUGCCCGACGGACGCCCCGCUUGCAAACCUUGCAAGUUGAAGAAGAAGCGUUGCCCACACCGUCUGGAGGAGACCGACGCCACCACUGAGUCUCAGUCUCAGCCAAAGGCUCCUGCCCCCAAAGGUCGACGCCGGGUUGCUAACGACAGCGAGGAGGUUGAUAGCCCCGUUCCGGCUGACUCCAGUGACGAGCUGUCCUCCUUUCGAUCCCUAGCAUCCCAGUCCGACGAGGAGGAAGAGAAGCCCAUCGUCGUGAAGCGCCCCAAGCGAGGCCGUCCUUUCAAGACCAUCGUCCCCAACCCAAUCCUUGAAAUCCCAGAGCUCCCCACCGACCCCAUGGAAGCUGCCUCUGCGUUGUCCGUCCACAAGGUUUUUGCCCGCGAGCUACAGACUCGUCUCCAGGAGUUUGAUAUGAACUUCCGAGCUAGCCAGCAGGCUCACCGUGCUACCAUGACAUCUGCCAAGGCCGUUCAACGCGCUGUCAAUGGCUGGAUUGAGGCUUGGACUUCUGGUCGUUAG